AUGAUCCAGCUCACUCCUGAUGAAUUCGCAAUAAUUAGGCCUCACCGCAACAACGAGUAUCACAAUUACUACCACAUAUAUUCUCUUUAUUAUGCCUCUGAUAUUGAUCAAAAUCUUAAAUCAAAAAUAGAAGAACACUAUAUUAAUCCUCAAUUAAUAGCAGAAAAUUAUUUUACUUAUGACCCAGAUAAUACGGCGAUGAGAAAAAUCAUUCAACAUGGAAUCACAAUUACAAUUCCUUCAAUUCACCGAUGGGUAAAUAUUCCUGGCGGACCUGAAAUUGGGGAAAGUAGUCAACAAGCUGGCGAAGGAACUGGUCAACAGGCUGGUGAAGGAACUGGUCAACAAGCAGUCGAAGGAACUGGUCAACAGGCUGGUGAAGAAACUAGUCAACAAGCUGCUGAAAGUAACAGUACUGGAGCAAGCCGACGUCGCCGUCGAAACGGAAAUGGAAACGGAAAUGUUAACGGAGAUGGAAAUGGCAACAGAAGUGGCAGACGUCCUCGACGUGGAAGGGGAAAUGGAAAUGGUGAAGGUGGUAAAUGAAAGUUUGAUGAAAGUAUUUAAUGUUGAGA